AUGUCGGAAAGAGGUCGCGGAGGACGCGGCUCUGCCCCAACACGGGGCGCGGAGCGAGGAGGUCGUGGAGGUGGACGAGGCGCCUCAUCUCGAGGCACCGCUCGUGGCAGCUCCCACUCCGGCCCCUCUGAACGCACCGAACGCCCCAAGAAGGAAGCCAUCCUCGACCUCACCAAGUACAUCGACCGUCAGAUCCGCGUCAAAUUCGCCGGCGGCCGCGAGGUGUUCGGUACGCUCAAGGGAUUCGAUCAACUCAUGAACCUCGUUAUGGACGAAGUCACGGAGAGUCUGCGAGACGAAGAGGGAAACACCACAGAUAAGACAAGAAAGUUGGGAUUGGUCGUGCUCAGAGGUACGGCGUUGACAGUGAUCAAUCCCGCAGAUGGGUUUGAGAGCAUUGAAAACCCUUUCGCACAGACCGAGUGA